CGUGUAACCUGAGCCGCCAGUCAGGUAGGGCAGGUACCCGUAACCAUGCAAACAAUUUGAAAAGCAGGUUGUGUGCGGGCCGGGCCGCAGGAGGCGAGGGCAAACCGGCAGAGGAAAUGGAAGGAAAAUGACUCGAGCUGCCGGCAGCAGACACCAAUGUUCAUGAGGGAAAACCGGGAAGAGGUCAAGCUGGAGGACGACGGGGCGGCUCGGGCCCCGGGGCCCGCGGUGGACGCAGAUGACGGGACGUUUGACACAAUCUCUCUGGUGGACGAUGCAGAGGACGGUGGAUCUGCAGCCCUGCAUACCAAACAGGAAAACGAGCCUUUCAUCAUGAACUGCGACAUUGAUGGAGACAUGGAGAACCAGGUGGAGAUGGAGGAGAAAACCAGGUUGAUAAACCAAGUUCUGGAACUUCAGCACACACUGGAAGACCUGUCAGCGCGAGUCGACGCCGUCAAAGAGGAGAACCUGAAGCUAAAGUCGGAGAACCAGGUCCUCGGUCAGUACAUCGAGAACCUCAUGUCGGCCUCGAGCGUCUUCCAGACGACGGACACAAAGAGCAAGCGGAAGUGAGCGAGCGGGAUGUCUGGUCCGGCGCUGAAAGCUCCUCUCAGUGGAGGAGAGAGGAGUCCGUUUUCCAGCAAAACUCCUUUUUAUUUACCUGCUUGAGUCAAAACUAAUGUAAAUAUUAAAAGGUAAAUCUACCUUCAGUCCAUAAUGUUUGGACAGAACUCUUUGUUCUGGUUUCCUGUAAAUGUUUUGUUCAGCCUCAAACACGUUUGCACUAAAGUAUGUCCGUAAACGUUAACUAGACGCUCGUUUUUGUUGGAUUUGCAAAGUAUUUUGUACAACAGCUGAACGGGAUUUGUGUUCGUCGUGCAUGGCUGCAUAAUUCUACCUAAAGCAGGAGAACAAACAGUGUUAUGAAAAUGUAAACGUAUUAAUAUUUCAUCUGUUGGUGAAAUGGAAUUAGCUGAUGAGCAGAAACGAACAUUAAUCUGCGAUGUUUGAGGACAAAUGUCCUGAUUCGCGUCUGUUUGGCCUUCAACCCGUCAGACUGAAGGGCAGCAUCUGAUAAAGAGGGAAAAAAAGUUUUCUCUAAGUGGAGGAACAGAAGCAGCGAGGAGGCCUUGAGUGGUAUUGAUCCGGUCGGAGUGGGCUGGACAGCGUCGCCUGGUUUUAACUGUAAUAUCUGCUGAUGCCGUCAGAGUUCUGGAGAUAAAAGGCUCGGCGAUGGCCGGAAACCGGCGCCAUCCGAUCAGAUUGUGUUUCCAUUCAAACCAGAGCUUCACAUGUUACGUUCUGGACGCUAAGCUGAGGUUUCUAACAGUUACACUGUAUUAUUUGUUUGGUGUGUUUAAAAAAAUCCCCUCCACACAUGCUGGUACCGACCCGUGUUGAGUGUAAACACUUUUAUUUUUGGUUUAAAUUAAAUCCCAGGAAUCCUA